AUGGUGACGCAGGUGCCAAGUACCUUCCCCGAAGACGCCACGAUGCGCCACGGAAGCGAAGAUUCCACCGACGACAAUCCGAGCCCGUUCUUAAGCCACACCACCAAUUUCCACGGCCUGCCAGACCAGCACGAGCGAAAGAGCGGAAACUUGGAUCCAGUUGACACCGUUGAUGAGCUUCUUCGCGAGGCGUUCCAGAAGCAGCCUCCUCAAACGGACAGCGAUGGCGCAUUCCACCAGAAAGGCUUCCACGGCGGCGCUCACAUCGACAAGCGGUCCCGCUUCGGUUCCUCCUCUCCACCGUCGGAGCGGCAUCUCGACCUCGCCCAGCUGAACCUUUCCGACCACCAUGCCGGCGGCUCCUCCUCCUCCGAGCUUCAACCACCACCGAUACCUUCGUCCUCCCGCUCUCGCGCUUCCCAGAAGAGUCUUAGUCUCGGAUCGAAGCACAGAGAAGGAGGAGUCAAGCAACCGCGCUCCUCCAACACUCAGGCUUUGCGGAAGAAGCGACGUGAAAAGGAUCGUCUCCACCUUCCAGACGCUCGCCACCAGCCGAAGUUCCCCGUCUUCUCUCGCAGCACGGCGGCAGCGAGGAGGAACGAAAUCGCCGAGACUGAAGACGACGAUGACGAUGACUACUCCGGCGGCGUCCCACGCACCGCCGACAUCUGGCCAGCCGGAUUCCAGCGUCGUCGUCCGCAGCAGCAGCAGCCGAUCGACACCGACGCCGACGAAGACAGCCUCUUCGUGACGCCCGGCCCGCCAUCGCCGCCCCACCACCACCACCACCACCAUCGUCGCCGUCCAGCCCCAACUCCACGCCGCGCGCGCCUCCCCCUCCCCCCUCCACCCGCUCCCCAACCCCCCACGAACACCACCACGCACCCCGACGACAACCCCACCCACCGCGCCCGCCUCCGCGCCAUGGCCACCAAUCCCCACGCGCACCCCUACGUCCGCAAACUCGCGCCAGAAAAAGACGCCGAAAACAUCGAGAUCAAGCGGCUGCGCACAGUGGAACGACUGCACUGGGAAGAAAUCGCCGCGCGGAUGAAUAGCGCACGCGUCGCCGCCGGUCGUUCUCCCACUUUCACCGUCGCGGCCGUGUACGGGCGGUUUGCGAGGGUGGCGCCGAGGAUAGCGGAGGAGGAGGGUGAUGGGGGGUUUGAUUAUCGGGAUUAUUUGAAUUUUAGGCAUCCGCGCAGGGGGGAUACCGCCCGGGGGGAGGGGGCAGGGCCGGUGUUGACGGGGGCGGAGGAGGAGGUGUUGGUGCGGUGCUAUGAGGAGGUUGAUAGGGAGAGGUGGGUUAAUGUGGCGAGGAAGUUUAAGGUUGUGGCGAGUGUGGAGUUGACGCCGGAGCAGGUGGCGAGGAAGUGGAAGAGUUUGUAG